AUGGAUAAUAAUAUGGAGAUUGACGCGGCGCGUUCGCCAGAGCCACACCACCUUUCGCCGACGACCGAUUCUGGGUCGAUUCCUACCCUCGAUGGCUGGAUUGAGAGUUUGAUGACUUGCAAACAACUCGCGGAGGAGGAUGUGCGGCGGUUGUGUGAUCGGGCGCGAGAGGUGUUGCAGGACGAGUCCAACGUCCAACCCGUGAAAUGUCCGGUAACCGUGUGCGGUGAUAUUCACGGCCAAUUCCACGAUCUCAUGGAGCUCUUCCGCAUCGGAGGGCCCAACCCAGACACAAAUUAUCUAUUCAUGGGUGACUACGUCGACCGUGGAUAUUACUCCGUCGAGACCGUCACACUCCUUGUUUGCUUGAAAAUUCGCUACCCCCAGCGUAUCACCAUCCUCCGAGGAAACCACGAGUCCCGCCAGAUCACACAGGUAUACGGUUUUUACGAUGAAUGUCUGCGGAAAUACGGCAACGCCAAUGUGUGGAAAUACUUUACAGACCUCUUCGACUACCUACCCCUCACUGCCCUCAUCGAGAACCAGAUCUUCUGUCUCCACGGCGGUCUGAGUCCUUCCAUCGACACCCUGGAUAACAUCCGAUCCCUAGACCGAAUCCAGGAGGUUCCCCACGAAGGCCCCAUGUGUGAUCUGCUCUGGAGUGAUCCCGACGACCGAUGCGGUUGGGGAAUUUCUCCCCGUGGUGCUGGAUACACCUUCGGGCAGGAUAUCUCAGAGGCGUUUAAUCAUAAUAAUGGCUUGACUCUGGUCGCACGAGCUCACCAGCUGGUUAUGGAGGGAUAUAACUGGUCACAGGACCGGAACGUUGUCACGAUCUUCUCAGCCCCUAAUUACUGCUACCGCUGCGGUAACCAAGCCGCUAUCAUGGAAAUCGACGAGCAUCUGAAGUAUACUUUCUUACAAUUCGACCCUUGCCCACGCGCAGGAGAGCCAAUGGUCUCGAGACGCACCCCAGACUACUUCCUGUGA